UGGGCGCCUGGCAGUGAAUUAACGGCGCCCGCAAGCUCGUCUGCCUGACGCGGGGCCGCGGCGGGCGCGGGGACGGAAGGAUGGUGCAGUCCUGUUCCGCCUACCGCUGCCGGAACCGAUACGACAAAGAGAAGCCCAUCUCCUUCCACAAGUUCCCGCUGACAAGGCCCGAUCUUUGCAAGAAAUGGGAAGCUGCCGUUAAAAGGAAAAACUUCAAGCCCACCAAGUACAGUAGCAUUUGUUCAGAACACUUUACUCCCGAUUGCUUUAAAAGGGAAUGCAACAACAAGCUUCUGAAAGAAAAUGCUGUACCUACGAUAUUUUGUUAUACUGAACCUAGUGAAAAGCCUGAAGAGUUUGCAGAACAGCUAGAAGAUCCACUACUACCGCCACCUCUGCCACCCCCACCACCACCGCCACCAGCAGCUCCAGCACUACCGUCAUCUCCAUCAACUCCAUCUUUUCAUUUGUCUCAAAUAGAUGCCAGAUUUGUAGAUCCAAGUAUUGGAUUAUUGAUGCCUCCGCUCCAGACCCCCAGCAAUCUUGCUGUUUUCUGUGAUCACAACUACACUGUAGAGGAUACAGUUCAUCAGCGAAAAAGAAUUCAGCAGUUGGAGGAACAAGUUGAAAAGCUACGGAAGAAGCUCAAGACAGCACAACAGCGAUGCCGGCGUCAGGAAAGGCAAAUUGAAAAACUGAGAGAGAUUGUUCAGUUUCAGAAAGAAAAAGACAUAUUGUCAGGAAAAGGCUAUGUGAUUCUGCCCAAUGACUAUUUUGAGGUUGUAGAAGUACCUGCCUAGAAGUCAUGAACAUCAGUUUUCACUUUGCUAGGCCAAGAAAUUUAGUCUAAAAACUAAAUGCUCUCUAAUUCUGUGUGUAAGACUCUCCAGAAUUCUAAAACAGUAAAUAAGCAGUCACACAAAUGAGAUCACACUUUUUUCUUCAUUAACAUUUCAGUUUGGUACAUUUUAAUAUAUUGAAAAUGCAAGCAUCUCAGAAUUAGAAUAUGCAUUUAGUUUACAAAAUCUGAAUUACUUUACAGAAGGAAAGGAUGCAAGGUUGAAUCUGUUUCAAAUAUGUCUGUUGGUUUUUGGUUUUGUAUUUUUUACAAUAGCUGUUAUAUGCUUACAGGGAUUGGAGAACUGAAUCUGGCCAAGAGUGAAGCUGAGAUUGCUAUACACUUAGUGCAAAGCUUUGUCCAGGCAUUCAGUGUUGGCUUUGGUGAUCCAAAGGAUGUAGUUUUCACUGGUUUCAGGAGCACUAUUAGGCCACUUAAGAACACCUGCAAGUGCUGCAGAAAGAAAGUGGAAGAUGAGAGACACAUUUCAGCCAGGGAAAACUUCCAACCUCAGUUUGCUAUUCCUUCAAAGCACUGCAAAAAGCCUAAUUUCUGGAUCUCUCUGGUGAGGUAUGUACAUGCACCUCUUCUUUUGCAGUAACCUUUUGCCAGAUGUGUGUUGUGACAGAGAUGAGAACUCAUUGGCAUGGCUGACAAGGCUUUUGUUUCAGGGGGACUUAAAAACACUCCCGAAGUGCAGUGCUGCGCUGAACAUACUGAUAUUGGACUCUUGUCAAGAUCAAGAAGGCAGUGUACUUUUUAGGGUGACUACUUUUCAAAAAUACUGUGAUAAUAUACAGUCCCCAGUAUGUUGGAGUAUAAUAGCAUGAACACUGCAAGGGGAAUAGUGGUGUCCUUGGCUUUGAAGUUAUUGGUCUUAACUCAUACUUGAACCAUGUGUAGCUUCAGGGGACAAGGAAGGUUUUUCUCUCCUUCCUUCUCUCCUUCCUUCUCUCCUUCCUUCUCUCCUUCCUUCUCUCCUUCCUUCUCUCCUUCCUUCUCUCCUUCCUUCUCUCCUUCCUUCUCUCCUUCCUUCUCUCCUUCUUUCUUUAUUUUUGCUUCUCAAAAGGUACCCACCAAAGGGCAGUUACAGAAUUAGACUUCAGGAGUUGUGUGGUGCUAGACUGGUUUUUAAUAUCUCAAAUGCUGCUGACUCUCCUUCAGUCUUACUAACACCAUUUCUAAAACUGAGUUUAGCAUGACAAAGUAGUGCAGCAGUUUGCACUUACUGUGUAAUACUUUGUCUAGUCAACAGACUCAUUCAAAAUCAGAGAAAAUGGCAUCUACCCUACUGUAGCCUUCACAGCUGUAGUUCCUUAUUAGACAUGAGGAAAAUUACUUUUUCAGUUCAUGUCAAACUCGUGUGUAGUGUAGAUAUUAAUCAAGCCCUGUGAUGAUGGCUUUAAAAGCUUCCUUUGAUGUGCUGUUAGCAUGACAUUUUGAAAUGUUUCAAACCAGUCUUGAUAUUUCUGACCUCACUCAUGCUGUGUGUCUGCUUUCCUUACCAUUUUGUAUACUGAAGAUGAAAAAAACCUGCUGAUGCAUCCUUUUGUGUACAUUUAUUAUACCUGAUGAAAAAUAAAAAGCAAAUGGUAUGUUA